GUGUAAAUAUUCUUGGAAGUAAAAUUGUGUUGGUCAAUGGCGGUGUUGACACACUUAUAGAAUUUAUCAAUUAACGAAGACAACAUGUAGAAGGGACUUGCUUACGACCUAGUGACGUCACGAAAGACUGGAAUCUACGAUCAACGGUGAAAAAUUUAAUGCCGGUUUAGAAGCCAUGAAACGACCCAACAACGCUUCUAAAUGAAUUUUUAUCCCACAAACAAGUUUUCCAAAUUCCACGGGCAUUAAAAAUGCUUGACCAGAUCUUCAAAGGAGAGGUCCCAAGUAUCUUUGAGACGACCAUCAAGCGUGAAAAUGGAAAGCCGUACCAACCAUCUCAACCCGCUAAUCGAGACUACAGAAAUGAAGAUGAAUUCUUACGCAGUCACAAAGCAACUCUCUGUUAUUGUGGCUCGUUUCUUACGUUUGGAAUGGCUGCGUCAGUCAUUGGGCCGACAUUACUAGAACUUGGAUGCGUUGCAGGAAGACCUGUCAACGUUAUUAGCUGGGUCUUCUUCUCGCAGGCUCUUAGUGCCCUGUUUGGCUCGAGCGUUGGUGGGAUCAUGGCAGAUAGGUAUGACUGUAACAUCAUUCUCUUGGUGUGUGUGACGUCAAUUGCUACCUCCUUGGCCAUUAUUCCUGCGUGUGCAAAAUUUUCUUUAAUGCUGACGUUUUUUGCUCUCCUUGGAGUCAAUAUGGGAAUUAUAGAUACAGUAGCUAACAGCGUACUUAUCAAAAUCCAUGGAAAAAAGGUGGCUCCACGUUUACAGACUCUACAUUUCUUUUACGGUAUUGGAGCAUUACUCAGUCCAGUUAUUGCAGAACCAUUUCUACGAAACGCUUGUGAAGGUGGCCAUUUUGAAUCCAACAUUUUCGGGUGGACUUUAGAAAAUACUACGUUUACAGAGGAAAUUAUCAAUAACUUGGCCACCAAUAAUUUAAAUGUGUCGAAUCUCAACUUUAGUAGAUAUUCAAGGAUUUCGCUGAUCAGGAAUAACUCAAGAUCCUUUGUGCAGUACGCUUACUGGAUCGUCGCAACUCUUCAGCUUCCGGUACAAGCAGCAUUGAUCUACUUAAUCUUCAAGCAGAGACAAGUUAGACGAUGGUCUCCGGUUAUUUUUAUGGGUCGCGUUGUCGACAUUGCGGCAAUCCCUGCGCGAAAUCCCGAUGAUCCCGAAGGAAAAGAGUUAUCUCAGAUAUUCAGACCGAUCGAAGCUCAGCCUGUCAAGAGUUCCUAUGGUGAUGUAUUAGCCAAAGUGCCCAUCAUAACCUUCCUCUGUGGAUUGAUUCUAUUCUUCUUUGAUGGCUUACAAGGUGCGUAUGGUGGUUACCUGUACACCUAUGCUGUUAAAAGUGACGUACACUUCAAGCCAAGUCACGGUGCUUAUCUUAAUUCUCUAUUCUGGUGUCUUUUCGCCACUGGAAGGUUCUUUUCUAUCUUUUUGUCCAUGUGUGUUCGACCUGAUAAAAUGUUAAUGACAAACCUGGUUGGUUCAUUCAUAGCCAUGUCCAUCCUGUUCUAUCUUCAUGCCUAUCCGUUAUCUCUCUGGAUUGGCACGUGUUUGCUUGGCCUCUUCAUGAGCAGCGUGUUUCCAUCGACUCUUGCAGUAGCAGAACUCUACAUUGAAGUAUCAGGCUCUCUAACGUCUAUUAUGAUAGUUAGCUCUGCAAGUGGAGAAAUGCUGAUACCUCUUCUCGUUGGCAAGGAAUUUGCCAAAGAAGGACCGCUGUCUUUUUUAAUCGUGGGCUUUGUUGUCUGUAUUUUUGCCCUAAUUAACCUAUUCGUUCUGCGCAUGGUCGGAAGGUCUCGUUUAAAACUUACAGUUUCAGAGUUGUUCCAUGCUGUGAUUGGUGGAACCUGUAAUUGUAACAGUAACUACAAGGAGUACUUUCAGUCCGAGGGCUGUGAAUACACACAAAUGAUUCCAUGUGACGUAGAAGCAGUGGAGGCAACCGCUGACAACAUGAAACCAAAGCCGCAGGAUUCUUCAACAGAAGAUCCAAGCACUUCGAUUCCUGAAGAAAAAGUAGAAAAUUUAUGUCAAUGAAUUCUUAUUGGAAAGAACAACCUUUGUGGACUUUUCUCUCUCACUAUUUAAAAUUCUCAAAGCUUGAGUCACAACAGACCGGCCAUCUUGAAUACGAAACAGAAGAAUACUGAAAACUAUAACAUUUCUUGAUAAAAAUGAUUCCCUUUCUAUCGGUUUCCUGUUAGCCGCAUUUGGGAGGGGUGGAGGUAAUAGCAGUUGAUAAUCAUCUUUAGCUUGGGCGUUCAGACCAAGGUGUCAUUCCUUUGAGAUUAAAAUUUUUGGUUUCAUUUCCAUCCAAAACAAAAAAAGGAUACUGAAGGGAACGACACGUUUUAAAAAUGCAUGGGCAAAAUAUUAUGCUCAAACUAAAGAGAUCUAUUUAAAUAAUUCUCAGGGUUUUGGGGAUUUUUGAAUUCUUCUUAUUUUUCAAAAUAUUUUGUAAAUAGUACCUGACAUUUUUAUUGAAGGGUGACUAGCACGUAAAUCUUCCAAAAUUUAAUUCGACUGAAACUUUAUUGAAAUAAUCUUUAAGGGUCUAAUAAUC